GCAGGCGCCGCGGCCGGGUGUCAAAGGGCGAUGGGCCCUCUCUCCUUUCGGCUCCCACUCUACGGUGAGGCGGCUGCGCGGGCGAGAGCAGCAGCAUGGGCGACACUUCCAGCCCCGUCAGCGUCAUCCUGGUGAGCUCCGGCAGCCGAGGCAACAAGCUGCUCUUCCGCUUCCCCUUCCAGCGGGGCCCCGGCAACCCAGCCGCCCUGAUCGGAACAUCAAGAAGUAGGUAUGCGGUGAACAGUAUUGGUGACAAUGUAGAAGAUCCAGAUGGAGAUUCCAGAGAGCCCUGUCCUCUCACUGAUGAGCAGGUGGUGUCAGGGUUUUCGGAUGUCAUUCUGGCAACAAUUCUGGCUACUAAAUCGGACAUGUGUGGCAAAAAGUUUGAGCUGAAGAUCGAUAACAUUCGUUUUGUUGGGCACCCAACUCUGUUGCAGCAUGCCUUUGGCCAGGUGUCAAAGACAGAUCCUUCUCCAAAGAGGGAAAUGCCCACCAUGAUUCUCUUCAACGUGGUCUUUGCUUUACGGGCCACUGCGGACCCCUCCGUGAUCAGCUGCCUGCAUAACCUCUCCCGGCGAAUCGCCAUUGUGCUUCAGCAUGAAGAGAGACGCUGCCAGUAUCUGACCAGGGAGGCCAAACUCAUUCUGGCCAUUCAAGAUGAAGUUUCAGCCAUGUCAGAAAUCUGUGCACAACAGGGUUGGUCCAACUACAGAUCAACAACUGGCUGGAAGUGAGUUUCUGCCUGCCUCAUAAAAUCCAUGAUGUGGCAUCCAGUUUCAUCCCUCCGGAAGCCAUUGAAAGAAGCUUGAAGGCCAUUCGGCCUUACCAUGCCUUAUUGCUGCUUAGAGAUGAGAAGUCCCUCCUCAGCGAACUGCCCCUGGAUUGCUCCCCUGCCCUGGUGCGAGUGAUCAAAACGGCCUCUGCGGUGAAGAACCUUCAGCAGCUCGCUCAGGAUGCAGACCUGGCCUUGCUCCAGGUCUUUCAGCUGGCUGCCCAUCUGGUCUACUGGGGCAAGGCCCUCAUGGUCUAUCCGCUGUGUGAGAACAAUGUCUACAUGCUGUCCCCCAAUGCCAACGUCUGCCUUUACUCCCCUCUGGCAGAGGAGUUCUCCUCUCAGUUCCCAGGCCAGGACCUGCCCGCAGUUCUGUCCAAGUUCUCCUGGCCAGUUUCUCUCUCUGAGCUCAAGGACCCUCUUGCUCCAGCGAUUCAGGAGACGCAUCUCAUCCGGAUGGUGGCCUGGAUGCUCCAGCAUCGGCUUCUCAUUCAGCUGCACAGCUACGCCUGCCUAAUGGUUCCCCCAAAGGAGGAGGAGGAGGAGGAGGAGGAAGAAGAGGAGGGUUUUCGCACCAGAGUAGAAGAGCUGUCCUUUCCAGCCCGAGUUGGGGGCCGAAGCCUCAGCACUCCUAGCGCGCUCAGUUUUGGUUCUCCCACUAGCAGUGACGACAUGACCCUGACGAGUCCCAGCAUGGACAACUCCAGUGCAGAGCUGUUGCCUGGGGGGGAGUCUCCCGUGAACAAACGCAUGACGGAGAACCUCCUGACCAGCCUCUCGGAACACGAGCGCGAAGCCAUUCUCAGUGUCCCUGCAGCUCACAAUCCAGACGAUCUGCGCAUGUUUGCCAGGCUGCUGCACUAUUUCCGUGGACGGCAUCACUUGGAGGAGAUCAUGUACAACGAAAACAUGCGCCGCUCCCAUCUGCUCAUGCUCUUUGACAAGUUCCGUAGCGUGCUGGUGGUGACGAACCACGAGGACCCUGUCAUCUCGGUCUUUCAGUCCCUCCAUAAAUGAGGAGAGGAAGCUUGCUUGGAGCCAGGAAGGACCCCGAUGGAGGCCAGAUGCUGCUCCCGGACCUGAGGAAGCGCCUCCUGUUGGACAUUACAGGAACGCCCUUCCAAGGGUCGCUUUCCGGCGGUUUUGCACUCUGUCCCCUUGGGGGCUGCAGCCUUCUUUGGAGGGAAGGAGGGCUUUCAGGGAUGGGGCUCAGCAGAGUGUGGGCUUCCUACCCCAAAUUGUGGAGGCGGGAAAGAAGCUGUUCUUUGACUUUUGAAAGCAGGAAGAGUACGGAGACCCAGGGAUGAGCCCAAGGACUCCCCUUCUGCCACAGGUGAAGCAGUGGGUUCACAGCCCACCCACCCUGCCCCCUACGAAUUGAGACAUUGAGGGGCGUGUCUGUCUGCUUAAGCCCUACCACUCUGGCACUGCCAGCUCAGUUGUCCUGGGUGAGGAGGGGGCUGUUCUAGUAAAGAGGGCCUGGGGCCGUGCACUUCCUCUCUUGCUGAUUUCACUGGGCAUUUGGCUCCACUGGAAGAGAGCAAAACAUGUUUAUUUACAUACAUAAAUCUGAAACGGCCCUUCUA